AUGGCAAUAGAAUCCACGCUAAGAACUCCAUCUGGUCUACAAAUUUAUUUAAGUCAUCCAUGGUAUUUAAUUAAAAGUGGAUAUCUUAUUCUAACAUGGAUUAUGCUGGGUUUUCAUCUUGAAUUGAUUGGUCCAACAAUGCCAACUCUUGCAGCAAAUAUCAAAGUUACGUAUAGUGGUAUGGGUUCGGUGCUUGCAUCGAGAAGUGCUGGAUAUUUAUUUGGUAAUCUUCUUGGUGCUAUUUUGCAAAAUAUUGUCAAAAAACAUUCAGAAGGUCUUCUGUUUUUUGCAUUUAUUUUACCUGCUAUUGUGGUUUUUGCUACUCCAUUUGUCACAUCAUUGAUAUUAAUGUGUAUUUUAUUUUUUAUUCAAGGACUUUCUAAAAGUUUUACAGAUUUAGGUGGAAAUAAUCUCUUAUUGACAAUGUGGGGUGACAAUGCUGCAGCACCCUUAAAUUCAGUUCAUUUUGGAUAUGGAACUGGUGCUGUUUUUGUUAAUUUACUUGUUCGUCCGUUUAUUACUCAAAAAGUUUUAUCGAUCCAUGUUACAAAUAAUGAAGAAAUUAAUUCAACAUUAUCAUUGAUUAAUCCAACAAAAGUUAAUUCAAACAUUAUUAUUCCAUAUUCAAUCACUGCAAUUUUAUGUUUUUUAAUUGCUAUUGGACAUAUCUUUUUUUAUGUUUCAGAAAUAAGAAAUCGAAAACAAAAAUUACAAGUACGACAGAUCGACUAUUCCGUUGUAAGCACGAAUCUAGACAAUGUUAAUCCUUCAGUGAAUAAAGAAAAUUCUUCUUCAUAUUCUCCUCGUACAUGUGGUCGUGGAUUUUUUCAAUAUGGUUUAACACUUUCAAUAAUAUUUUUUAUUUAUGCAUUUUUUAUGGGUGGAAAUAGUCAAACAUUUUCAAAAUUCUUUUUUUCUUAUCUCAAAUUUGAUAAAUUUAAUCUAUCAAAUGAAGCUGCAAGUUGGGGAAUUACUCUUUAUUGGCUUUCUUAUUCUAUCGGACGAUUAAUUUUUGCAAUUGUAUCUCUAUUUCUAUCAGUAAAUCUAUGUCUUAGUAUUAUUUGGUUUGGAGCUUUAUGUCUUGCUAUUGCUUGGCUUAUUUAUGUUUGGAUUAUUGAUUUAACAAGUACAAGUUUAUUUAUUCUUGGUGCAGUAACUGGUUUGAUAUUUUCACCAAUAUUUCCAUUAUCAUUUGGUUUUUUUAAUCAAAGAUUAAAUGUUAUACCAAUGCUUCUUGGUUUAUUAUUAGGUGGAACAGCACUUGGAGCAAUUACAUUUAACAAAAUAGCUGGUGUAAUAAUAGAUCGUGAUCCAAAUCAUUUUCCAACAAUUUUAGCUGUUUGUAUAUUAAUAGCAAUUAUUUUUUAUAUUGUUUCACAUAUUGUUUACUUUUUUCAUCAACGAAAAAAUUUAUUAAAUGCUCGAUCUUCAGUAAUCAAUGGUCCACCUCUUUCUUCUGAAUAUUGUAAUGAAGAAGAACAACAAAUUGCUAAUUAUUUAAAAGAUCAAGAAGAUAAAUAA